AGUUGUAGUUCUCUGCCUGGUCUCUGCCCCUCCUGUUUCCGGUGCCGUCACGGGACAGAGCAGUCGGUGACAGCACCGAGGGCCCCCGCCCCGCGCCCAUGGCCGAGCCGGACCCCUCUGACCCUCUGGAGACCCAGGCAGGGAAGGUGCAGGAGGCUCAGGAGAAGACUGGAGUGAGGAGGGCUGCAGGGGUGCCGGAACCCCGCCGGCUGCUGCUUGGAGCACCUCUCGACUCAGAUUCAGACACUGAGGGAGGAGCGGCUGGCGGAGAGGCCGAGAUGGACUUCCUGCGGCAUUUCUUCUCCCAGACGCUGGGCCUGGGCACCCAGAAGGAGCGGCUGCUGGACGAGCUGACCCUGGAAGGGGUGACCCGCUACAUGCAGAGCGAGCGCUGUCGCAGGGUCAUCUGUUUGGUGGGAGCUGGGAUCUCCACGUCCGCGGGCAUCCCUGACUUCCGCUCCCCAUCCACGGGCCUCUACGCCAACCUGGAGAAAUACCACCUUCCCUAUCCGGAGGCCAUCUUUGAGAUCGGCUACUUCAAGAAACAUCCAGAGCCCUUCUUUGCUCUUGCCAAGGAACUCUACCCUGGACAGUUCAAGCCGACCGUCUGUCACUACUUCAUCCGCCUGCUGAAGGAGAAAGGGCUGCUUCUGCGCUGCUACACGCAGAACAUAGACACCCUGGAGCGGGUGGCGGGGCUGGAGCCCGAGGACCUGGUGGAGGCCCACGGCACCUUCUACACGUCACACUGCACCAGCGCCCUCUGCCGACGGGAGUACACGCUAAGCUGGAUGAAAGAGAAGAUCUUCUCCGAGGUGACUCCCAAGUGUGAGAAAUGUCACAGCGUGGUGAAGCCUGACAUCGUGUUCUUCGGUGAGAACCUCCCGGCGAGGUUCUUCUCCUGCAUGCAGUCAGACUUCCUGAAGGUGGACCUUCUCCUCAUCAUGGGCACCUCGCUGCAGGUGCAGCCCUUUGCAUCCCUCAUCGGCAAGGCACCCCUGUCUACCCCGCGCCUGCUCAUCAACAAGGAGAAGACCGGGCAGACUGACCCUUUCCUGGGGAUGAUGAUGGGCCUGGGAGGAGGCAUGGACUUCGACUCCAAGAAGGCCUACCGGGACGUGGCCUGGCUGGGUGACUGUGACCAGGGCUGCCUGGCCCUUGCUGACCUCCUUGGAUGGAAGAAGGAGCUGGAGGACCUCGUCCGGAAGGAGCAUGCCAGCAUAGAUGCCCAGCAGGCGGGGUCGGGGAGCCCUAACCCCAACCCUUCAACUUCGCCCAGGAAGUCCCCACCUCCUGCCAAGGAGGAGGCCAGAACCUCGGAGGGAGAGAAACCCCAGUGACAGCCACGUCCCCCGGGGAAGGAUGCCCAGCAAAUCUGGGACAGCAGAGCCCCAGCCAGCCCUGGCCCCCUCUAACUUGCGGCUCUCAUCUGGGGAGCUCAGAACCUCAUCCCAGUCUCUUAACCACUUCCUCUCAAAACUGGGUUCCCAGCCCCCUGACCCUGGCAGAUCUCUAACACCUCCCAGGGGCCGAGGCCUGGGCAGCCUGGCUGUAACAGCCCGCGGUCUCUAACCACCCGCAGGGCCGAGGGUCAACCUCCCCUCAUCUCUAACUGCUCCCCGGGCCAGGGCCGCCUCUAAACUCCUAACUAUUCCGCCCCGGGCCCCAGGGCUCCCAGGGCUCCCAGGGCUCCCCAUGCCCUCCACUGCUCCUCGGGGCCUGUGGCCAAGUAGGGCCAGUCCAACCUACCCUGGGCGGGCCCCUCAAACAUCACUCCCACUCAGUGGGGGGAGCUGAGCCUGAAGGCCUCCCUGGUCUGUGCCUCCGACGCCCGAAGCGGGUGCCGGUCCCCUUCCCUUGGGACCCACUUCCCAUGCGGGGAGGGGCAGAUAAUGUUGCUUAUUGGAGACAAAUUAAAAACAAAAACAACUAAC